AUGUCGGGGAUUGUGAUUGUGAAGGGGGAAGAUACACCAGAUGAGAAAUUGACUUGUGUGGCUGUUACAUCCGGCGCAAAAUGUCUCUCGGCGUCCCAAGUCCCCAAAAGCAAAGGACUAGUGCUCCACGACUGGCACGCUGAGAUCCUUGCUCUCCGCGCAUUCAACCACUGGCUGUUAUCCGAGUGUCGGAGUUUCAUUGCCCAGGAACGGGACCAGAGGUCCUCAUCCGAGAACGAUACAGCAAUUGAGAAAAACGAGGAAGAGAAAGAGCCAUGUUCUCCAUAUAUCCGACGACGACGACAAGACCCCGAGGACUCAGUGAUAACACUACCACCGUUUGAACUCAACCCGGAUCUGAAAAUCUACAUGUACUGCACCUGUGCGCCGUGCGGAGAUGCAAGCAUGGAACUCUGCAUGGCAGCACAGGAGGACCCGACGCCGUGGGAGGUUCCCACGACGACGCCAGAUGGCGAGGACGGUGAGCUUCUAGACGGUAGGGCGCAUUUCUCGCGACUGGGCAUUGUGCGGCGGAAGCCGUCUCGUGCGGAUGCCGAAGCUACGCGGAGUAAGUCGUGCUCGGAUAAGUUGGCCUUGAGGCAGGUUUCGUCGCUGUUGUCAUUUGAGAGUAGUUUGCUUGUGGCGACUACGGUGAAUGCGUAUCUCGAGGGGGUCAUUAUGCCGGAGGGGGAGAUUAGUCGGGUUGGGUGUGAGAGGUGCUUUGGGGAGGAUGGGAGGAUGGGAGAGCUCAAGGGGAGGGUUUGGUCCCCCGGUGGUGAGAAGGCAGUGGACGAGCGAAGGUAUGGUUGGCGGUUUCGGCCGUUUAGGAUUCUGUCAGUUCCUACUGGACUCGUUGACGAGCUUUGGGCAUUUGGGAAGUCGGAUCCGAUGGCUGCUUCGAGGAAAAGUAAGCCCGCGGUGAUUUCUGCUGUUUGGGCGGCGGCUUCGUCUGUGUCGGUUCCUAGUGUGGUGGAUAAUGGUGCCAAGUCGUUGCCCAAAUUAGGUGGUUCUCGGACAGGCCUGUAUGAGACCAUUAUCAACGGGGUGAAACAGGGGAAUCGGGCGUCGGAGCCCUUGGCACGGGGCGCCUCUGCGUUGUCAAGGGCGAGGCUAUGGGGCCUGUCUAAAGAGAUUGUGCAAUCUUGCGUUGAAGAUCAUGAUCAAGGACCUGACAUCGAAAUCGGUGUGGAGGAAGGGCAGUUGUCCCUGGGUCUGGAUGUGACAAAGCGGAUUACUGAGGCCCCGACAUAUCGGGAAUUCAAGAAAGAGCCUACGGUUCUAACAGAGUCACUCCAAGCGCGGAAGAGUGCGAUACGAGACGCUAGAAGAGUGUUGAGUGGAUGGACCCCCAAUCCAGGGGACGAGAAUUGGGGAUUGGAGGUGCUGAUUGACCCCAGGAAGCGGAAGCGUUGA